UGUUUCGCUUACAUCUGCAAGGUUGCAGAUAAGGUUGGCGCAGACUUAAGCAUAAUUUCCUUUCCGCUGCUAUCCCCGGGGUUUGGCUCUCGCCAAAGACACCCCUCCCGAGUAUGAGUCGCACUGCCCCGUCAGCCAUGAUUUGCUCGUAUUAUGAACCCGCUCAGAUCAGCUUCACAUGCGCAACGUGUCCACUCGCAAUUUUCGCCCUUGAUUGCGACUGCCUGGUCGCUUUCAGCUCGCCACCUGCCAAAUGCGAAGCCCUGGAGCGAUAACAAGCCCACGUGCUCUGAGCCGCAAGUCCAGAACUGCGCCAUCGGAGCGUCGUACCGUAAACUGGCAGCUCCUAGCACGCGGUUUGAGGGGUCAACCGGAACCGGUGGAAAAUUAAGGGCCGGCAAGCCUGUGAACGCUUCAUCAGCACGCGUCCAGUUCCCCUUGAUGGGUAGGAAUCAGCGCAAGACCGGGAACCUGGUUUCGCGGCGAAUACGAGGAUCGCUCAAUCUAUUGUUGGCUGUUGAUUCGCUGCAUCUGUACUACUGUGCCAUACCAAGCUCCCAACGCGCCAAGGUGUGUAUAGUGUAUCGAUAUUCGCACGAGGCGCAGGCUGGUGGUACUGCUUUUCUAGAAGCAAUCUCUGGCUAUUUCCGUAUCCAAGGGGCGCACGAGCAAUUUGAGCAUCACUCUAGCCUUGUCGAUGUCGUGGAAGGGCCAUGAGCGCAGCGUUGCUUCUGCACAGUUCAUUUUCGUACUAGGACAUCCUCCAUACCUCAUCUCACGCACAAAAGCUUUGUGGUUCGAUCAAUAAUAACCUUGCAUACGGCAAGCCGUUACUUCGG